AUACUUGUGAUUCUACAGGUAACCCCAUCUUAGAUCUUUGACUUUUCCUCCUUCAAUUAUAGGAUUUAUGCUUUUAGUUCUGUAGUUUCUUGUAUGUUUAAUGUCAACUGCUCUGUAUUCAAUAUGUCUGCGCAAAUUGGAUCUUGAUCUUCAUUGUAAUUCUUGGGGAUAUCAAAUUUGGAACACAUUGUAUUAACAUGGCUAGUAGUGCUGUAGCAUGUGCUGAGAGGGCAACUAGUGAUAUGUUGAUUGGUCCAGACUGGGCCAUAAAUAUCGAGCUAUGUGAUCUUAUCAAUUCAGAUCCUGGGCAAACGAAGGAUGUUUUGAAGUUACUUAAAAAGCGUCUCGGAAGUAAAAUUCCAAAAGUUCAGCUGCUUGCACUUUUUGUGUUGGAGACCCUGAGCAAAAAUUGUGGAGAAAUUGUCUUCCAAUAUAUCGUUGAGCGGGACAUAUUACAUGACAUGAUUAAAAUUGUAAAGAAGAAGCCAGAUCUAACUGUGCGGGAGAAAAUAUUGAUAUUAAUAGAUACUUGGCAAGAAGCUCUGGGAGGAUCUGGGGCACGUUAUCCCCAAUAUUAUGCUGCCUACAAUGAACUAAAGUCUGCUGGUGUUGAUUUCCCACCCCGUGAGGAGAACAGUGUACCAUUGUUUACGCCGCCACAGACCCAGCCAUUAAGCCACCCACCAAUUGCUCACCCUGCUGUAUCAUUUGAAGAAGAGGAAGCUGCUGUUCAAGCAUCACUACAGUCCGAUGCUACUGGACUGAGCUUGACAGAGAUUCAGACUGCUGAUGGACUAGCAGAUGUGUUGAUGGAAAUGCUCAAUGCUUUGGAUCCUCAGAAUCGCGAGGGUAUCAAGGAAGAAGUAAUUGUUGACUUAGUUGAGCAGUGUCGUUCCUACCAAAAGCGUGUCAUGAUUCUAGUGAACAAUACAUCAGAUGAAGAGCUUUUAAUGAAGGGGUUGACAUUAAAUGAUACACUGCAGCGUGUCCUUAGCUGCCAUGAUGGCAUAGCAAAAGGAACCGCUGCCCCAAGAGUAGGACAAACACAAGGUUCAGUUGUUCCUUUAGUGAAUGUGACACAUGAGGACGAGGAGCCUGAAGAUGAUUUUGCCCAGCUAUCUCUCAGGUCAUCUAGAGAUAAUUUACAGGGGCGAAAACCAGAAAACCGUCCGAUCGAAACAGCACGUAUAAGCCCAGUCCUACCUCCCCCACCCACAUCUAAGAAGCCAGUUAGCGCAGCAGAGUAUGGUCAAAUUGAUUAUCUGAGUGGCGAUGUCUACAGCUCUGAAAGGACUUCAGAAGCGUCCAGCUCCAUUCCUGUGCCAACAGCAGCUCACAUUAACACAAGUUAUACUGCCCCAUUAGCAGCAAACUUGUCGUCCUCUCAACCUGCUGAUGAUUUCAUAAACCCAACUGCCUCUGAUAAUUUCAUAAACCCUACUGCCUCAUUUUUCUCUGAUAAUCAGACAACAAAUGAUGAACAAGCUGCCAAACCAGUUGACCACUCGCUUCCAGCUCCUUUGGAAUCCCCUGUUUUCCGUCCACCCCCACCUUCCAAGAAUAGUCAGAGAACACAGUUCUUUCAACAUCAAGUAGGCGGUCCUCAAGGUGGUGCAUUGGGGUCCUCUAAUGAUAACUUAAUUGGGCAGACAACGAACCUGUCUCUUAAUUCGUCAACCCCGAAAAAGCAAGAGAAAUCUGAAGAUGCACUUUUUAAGGAUUUGGUUGAUUUUGCAAAAGCCAAGUCUUCGUCGUCAGCCAACCCUAACAGAUCAUUUUGAUGGGUAUUCCUAUCAUCUUAUGUGUUGUUCUUGGGGAUGCAGUGUCAAAGUACAGUCUGUUUCAUUGAAAAUAUGCAGUAAAAGAUAAUUGCUCUAAUAAACGUAAGUUAACUGUGAUGGUUUUGGCCUAUGGGUUUUCAUUCUGGUUUUGUUUGUACAUGACCUGGUAAAUAUGUUUCGUUUUUUCAAAAGUAUAAUAUAUAGAAAGUUCUACCGGUGAACAA